AUGGAAACCUCCAUAAUGAACACCACCGACCUCUUCGAAGAGUUCCAAUUCACGAACGAAACAACGAACUACAUCAACUCGACAUCGAGCGACUCUGCCUACGAGAACAUCGAACAAAUCUGUAUCUCCAUCCUUCUCGUUUGCUGCCUGCUAGCCAUGUGCAUCAACUGCGUAGUGAUCAUCAGCGUCAACUGGAUCACCAACUCCAUGUCGCCCAACCUCAAAAUAAGCAUCAGCCUGGCCAUCGCCGACGUGGUCAGCUCCAGCAUGACCGGCUUGGUAUUACUGCUGGACAAGUUCGAAGUCGAGCCUAGACAGAUGGGGGUGUUCCCUAGCCUCAUAGAGCUAGUCAGGCUCAGCGGCAUCGUCAUCACCGUUCUGCAUCUGCUGGCCCUGAGCUUCAACCACUACAUUGGCAUCUUGAAGCCGCUGCACUACAACGUGAUAGUCACCAAAAGGAAGGUGACGACAGUCAUCGUUAUCCUUUGGGUUCUGCCGGUGGUGGUGCUGGUUGUACUGUCCACGGUGGAGAACAACGGAGUGUUACUGGAGGAUAUCAGAGACAACACCUGCACCGUUGAAGUCUUCUCCACUUUCGCUGCUCGACUCAGCUACAGCACCUUAUUCUUCUUUCCCGUGGUGCUGAUGGUGUUCUGCUACACUCACAUCCUCAUGGCCGUUAGGAAGCAGCGCAACAGAUGGAAGGACCUGUCGAGAUCGGGCAGUUCGAGAGCAAAAGGAAGAAACGUCAACAGUCAGAAACUGACGAGGGAGCAGGCUCGGCUGCAGGGCAGUAUCAAGGCCAUCCACACUACGCUGCUGAUCCUCGGCUCGUGCUUUGUGGGAUGGAUGCCGGCGCUCCUGUUCUACAUAACGACGUGCAACGAGGAUUGUCCGAUCAACGGGGAAGCGCUCAAUGCACUCAACAACGACUACAAGUACGAAGUGCUGUCGCUGCGCUUGAUCGAGAAUAUGCUAGUCAUCAUGAAGAUGUUCGCCAACCCGAUCAUCUAUACCAUUCGAAUCAAGGAGAUAAAAAGUGAAUCGAGAGAAUCCAAGGCGAAGAAAACUGCAGUAUUGAAAAAAACAUACGUGGAAGAAUUUGUGACGAGAGCUUGCGAUAAAGAAUAUUAA